UCUCACCGAGCGUCCUCAUCGAGGGGCGGAUAUGGCGACAUCCUAGUCAUAGGUAGAGAGACGACUGACAUAGGGAACGCCCUACACCGAUUGUUGUCAACUGAGAGAGUAAAUAGAGUGAGUACAGAAGCAGAACGCGGAGAAAUUGGAGGACGAAAGAAGAGAACGAAGAGCAAGGAGAGAUGGAGAGUACACCAGGGCGUGAAGGAACGGGGAGGUCCCUCCCUCCUGCGCCACAUGAGGAAACAAACUUCAGGGAAGAUGAGGAUAGGAUAAGAAGCCUUCUACCCAUGUGCUUUGACGAUGGGGUAUACCCAACAGAGAUCGAUCCGGGGGAGAUGGUAGUGGACGGUAGGGAAGUUAGGUUUAAGUUAAAUACCUUACUGGAUGAAAUCAAGGUCAAGUGGCUGAAGGAGCGUACUGUCACAGUCAUCUACAAGGACCCUGCAAGAUUUCUACCGAAGAACAUUAAAGACGACCUAGUCCGCGCCUUCGAAGACGAGUGGGUUAUCGGCAACGAGUCCCUCCGGAGUAUUCAGAGGCAUGGGAGAAUCAAGAUUGAAAGGCCAGGAGUGACCUCUUAUGUGGCAAGAACGAGAGAGGUGGCAGAAUAUAUGGUGAGAGAAGGCCAAGUGGAGGUGACGCUGGGGGACACAACCUACAAGGUUAUUUUCAAACCCUGGAUGACCAGGGCAGAGUUUAGAGAAUUGAGAAGGCAAGAUGACGAGAGCACCUUCUGGGUCAUCGCCUUGCAGAUUCCGCUAGACGAUAUGCCAUUCAUUUAUGCACAAAUUGAGAAAGCGAUUGGAAAAAUUAUCCAAGCACAUCCAACCGAUGCUGAUCCAGAUAGGCCAGCUUUGGUCAAUGCCCGCUUCGACAUUGAUCCGGAAGCAAGGGCAAAUAUGAAGGACAUCAUUUGGGUGGCUACAUCCAAAGGGGACGUGCUGGAAAUUCGGUUGGGGACGACAGGAACUUUGAAGUGUAGCAAGUGCAAACAGUUUUUCCAUUCUGAACAGGACUGUCAGAGAGGAGCGAGAGGGAGGAAUCAGGGCACAAGCGCAGGAGCUACUGGUCAGAAUCAGCCUCAACAAACGGGGGAAGCCUCAUUGGCGAACGGAGCAACUCAAGGUCAACACUAUCAAGGCCCGCUAAGGUCGAGGCCACAGACACCCAGGCAACCGGAGGCUGCUAGCCAUGCAGCCAAUGUGAAAAACAAUCCUACCUUCUCUCCGCAAGGAGAGGGAGGACGAGGGGGUGGAGUUAGUCAUUGGAUCCCGUCGGGAGGACAUCCACUGAAUCCGUAUAUCCCAUACCAAAAUCUUGGGUAUGGGAUGGUGCAGCAAGGAUGGCAAGUCACGGGGAUGCCACAAGGAGGAUCGACCCCUAUGGAUUGGCUCAUGGCCAAUGGAGUAUCCCCGGUAUCGUGGGCUGGUUGGAAUGGAACUCAAGGUGGUCAAGGAGGGACAGGGCAAGCGGGACAAGGAUACCAGCCAAUUAUGGGGGAAGUAUCAAGCACUUCGGGGCAGGUGGCGGCUGGAGCUCAACGGGUGGGACACGGCAUGAGCACGUCACGCCUGUUUGGUGGAAUGAUGGGAGGCGAUGCAAGAGCGGGGGGAAGAGGGGAUCAACGUUCGGAGAGCACACCGGGCAGAGCAAGAACACGUGGAGCAGGUAAACAAAGACGACUCAGUAUGACUUCACAACAGGAUCUGGUGUCGGAGCCGUCAGGGGACUCUAUAAUUUCGAAGGAAGACUCAGAGAAAUCAGUCAACAACGAGGGUCGGCUCGUGACUCCAAGAAAGAAGACCACACGGGAUAGACGACUGACAACAACAAUCAAGUCUUUUGGUACGGAUAUGACACAGUAUCUGGUGUCGGACCUCACAAUUCUACCCGGAGUUAUCCCGGCAGCUUCAGCCGGUUUAGCUUACAGGAUCGCUGAGAAAUCGGUGGAUCCUCGGGAUAUUGUGGACGGGAUAACCCUCGAAGAACACGUGGCCAUCCGAGAAGAGGAAGCCCAGAUGGUGGCCACUGUGUUCUCGUGGCGGUCGGACAACUCUUUCAUCUCUUCCCCGCCGCCCCAGGACUCUAAGGCAGACGCCGGUUUCAAGAUUGUGUUGGAGAAAAGCGAAUUCUUCCUGUCCGAGAUCUCAUUCCUGGCCUACGUUGUAACCCGAGGAGGCUCGAGACUGGAUUCGAGGAAGGUAGAGGCUGUUCGAGAAGCAACCACACGCACGUCAUUGACGCAGGUUCGAGCCUUCCUGGGACUAGCCUCGUACUACCGACGGUUUAUCAAGGGCUUUGCGGCAAUCGCUCGGCCCCUGACGAACCUCCUCCGGAAGGACCAGCCGCUGAACUGGGACGCGGAGUGUGAGCGGGCCUUUUGCGCUUUGAAGGAGGCCCUGGCCUCAGCCCCUAUUUUAAUCCGACCUGAUCCUGAGCGCCAGUUCCUACUCAUUACUAACUGGCAGCCGGAGGCUAUCUCCGCUAUCCUAGCUCAGAAGGGGAAAGACGGGCGGGAGCACGUGGUCGAAUAUGCUUCGAAGACGGUGCCCGACGAAAGGAAGAAUGACUCGGCACCACAAGGAGAAUGCUACGCUGUCGUCUGGGGAAUCCAGCACUUCCACUCGUAUCUCUACGGGCAGAAGUUCCUCCUCAUAACGGAUCACGAGCCAUUGCUGGCCCUCAAGAAGCUGACGAACUACACGGGAAUGAUUGGGCGAUGGGCGGUGAGGUUGCAGGAGUAUGACUUUGACAUCGUCCAUAGAAAAACGGAAAGGCACGAAAACGCCGACGGAUUGACACGUCUGCACCGGCCAGGCAAGGUGCCACGCAACGAAGAGAUCACUCUGUGGAAGGAUCCGGAGCAGCCCAAGGGACCCGGGUACGGCCACGUGAAGGUUCUCCCUCGGCAGGUGAAGAAGUGAUAUGUGUCCUUAUGGAGGCCCAAAGAGAAGAAAACGCUGAGGGCCCUCUCUCUCCUUCUUCCUCUUCUCUAUUCUCCCUCCCCGAUCGUUUUUGUUUUCUGUGUGAGUCUAUCUUGCGCAUCCAUUUCGUUUCGGUUAGGCCGAAAAAUGAAGGGUACGUCGAGUG